AGUAACAAAUUCAAUUUUAUAUCUUUACAUAUAAUAUAUUUUUUUUAAACAUAGAAUCUAAAAAUUCUUUCUUUUUUUUAUUACCUCCUAAUAAGUCGUUUACAAUCUAGUGUUCGUAUCAUUGUUCUGUUAAACAUUUCUGUGCGUAUUUUAUGAUUCUGAGGACUUUUCGAACUAAAACUUGAGUAGCGUUUCACUACCAAAAUGGGAGUCGCCACCCAGUUCAUAGUGGGCGCCAUCGCCGCCUUCGGAGCCUUUUGCCUGGGAGCUGUGAUCGGAUGGUCGGGACCCGUGGAGAACGAGGUCAAGAGCGGCGAUGCCUACGACUUCACCCCGGAUACCACGGAAUGGGGUCUGGUGGGAUCCCUGAUGACAUUGGGAGCGGCCUUCUCCUGCAUUCCGGUGGGCAUCCUGAUCGGCAGGAUCGGGCGAAAGGUGACCAUGUUGCUCCUGCUGCCGCCAUUCGUCGUCGGCUGGCUGCUGAUCCUACUGGCGAUGCACAUCGCGAUGCUGCUCCUCGGACGUUUCGUGGUGGGGUUCUGCGGCGGCGCCUUCUGCGUGGCCAGCCCCAUAUACACCACCGAAAUAGCCGAGUUGCAGUACCGCGGCAUCAUGGGCUGCUUCUUCCAGCUGCUGAUCGUCCACGGGAUCCUAUACGCCUAUGUGAUCGGAGCCUUCGCCAAUGCCUGGUGGUUCAACAUCGCCUGCGGCAUUCUGCCCGUUGUCUACUUCCUGAUGUUCAUGUGGAUGCCGGAGUCGCCGGUCUACUUGGCUCAGAAGGGCAAGUCCGAGCGGGCGGAGAAGUCGCUGAAGUUCCUGCGCGGCAAGGAUGCGGAUGUCAGUGCGGAGAUGAAGACCCUGGCCACCGACAAUCCCACGGAGCAGUCGAGCAUCAGCAGCCGGCUCUGCCGAAGGGUCACCCUGAAGGGCCUCUUCCUGUCCAUCGCCCUGAUGGUGUUCCAGCAGUUCACCGGGAUCAAUGCCAUCGUCUUCUACACGACGUUCAUCUUCGAGUCGGCGGGAUCCUCGCUGGAGCCCCGCUUCUCCACGAUCAUUGUGGGCAUUGUCAUGGCCAUCGCCACCGUGAUCUCGAUCUUCCUCAUCGAGAAGCUGGGCCGCAAGGUACUGCUGCUGAUCUCGGCUUUUCUGAUGGGUAUCAGCACCCUAACCAUGUCCCUUUACUUUGGCUUCUUCCUGAGCUCGGACAUCGGCUGGCUUGCUCUGACGGCCAUCUGCGUCUUCAUUAUCGGCUUCUCGGUGGGAUUCGGCCCCGUUCCCUGGGUCAUGAUGGCCGAGCUGUUCGCCGAGGACGUAAAGGCUUUGGCGGGAUCGAUUGCCGGCACCACCAACUGGCUGGCAGCCUUCGUCGUCACGCUGCUCUUCCCGGUGCUCAACGAGCAGAUUGGGGCAGCUGCCUGUUUUGGGAUCUUCUGCGGCUUCGCGGUAGUGGCCUUUGUGUUCGUACUCUUCCUGAUUCCCGAGACGAAGGGCAAGACCCUCAACGAGAUCCAGGCCAAGCUGGGCGAGAAGAAGGAAUAGCUGUUUCGUUGUCAAAGUAUAGAACUUGGGAAUCUUCUUGAGAGAAGAACUGGGAAUGUCUACCAAUGUUGUAAAUUUGUUGUUCCCUUUACAGAUUAGUAUGUCAUGUACAAAUUAUAUAUGUGUGUUCGUAUAAAUGA